AAAAAAAAAAUCUCUUAUCUUCAUCUCUUCUUCACCACCCAGUUGUUCAGCAACAACUUGUUCCUCUGUCUCAAAACACUUUCUCUUCACCUAUAUUUUCAGGUGUUCUUGAUCUAUUUAAACCUCAAAAAUCAAGAACUGUGUUUGGAAAUAAAAGAUGAAGAUACAGUGUGACGUGUGUGAGAAUGCUCCUGCGACGGUGAUAUGCUGCGCCGACGAGGCAGCUCUAUGUCCUAAAUGUGACGUGGAGAUUCACGCAGCUAACAAACUCGCGAGCAAGCACCAACGUCUCCAUCUCAACUCUCUCUCCACCAAGUUCCCUCGUUGUGAUAUCUGCCAAGAGAAGGCAGCUUUCAUAUUCUGUGUUGAGGAUAGAGCUUUGCUUUGCAGGGACUGUGAUGAAUCUAUCCACGUGGCUAACUCUAGAUCUGCUAAUCAUCAGAGGUUUUUAGCUACUGGGAUCAAAGUGGCUCUGAGCUCAAGUAGUUGCAGUAAAGAAACGGACAAGAAUCAUCAAUCUAAGCCUUCAAACAAUUAUCAGAAAGCUAAGGAGAUUCCAAGCCAGCAACAACCUUCUUCUACUAGUCCUCUUCCUUGGGCUGUUGAUGAUUUCUUCCACUUCUCUGAUCCUGAGUUCAACGAUAAGCAGAAAGGACAGCUUGAUCUUGGGGAGUUAGAUUGGUUUUCAGACAUGAGUUUCUUCGGUGAGACUCUUCCUGCAGCUGAAGUUCCAGAGCUUUCUUCUGUUGAGCAUUUAGGUCAUGUUCAUUCAUACAGACCAAUGAAGUCGAACGUUACAUACAAGAAGCCGAGGAUAGAGAUCAGAGAUGAUGAGGAUGAUGAUGAAGAGCACUUCAUUGUCCCUGAUCUAGGCUAAAAAUCUAUAUAUGUAAGCUAUGUGUAGUAGACAUUCCUAGAAAUUCAUAAUAUAAGGAGAAUGAUGUGUGGAGUCAAUGUCAUAUCUUAUAGUUUUCGUCCAAGUUGAGUAAGCUUAUUACACUUUUUCGUUUUCUUUUUUGUCCUAAUCUCUGUUAGAUGUUUGUGUUUUGAGUUUGUUCAUAUACCUAUUGAACAUGGUAUUUGGCUAUAUCUUUGUUACUACAAACUCGAAUAAACUUGAAUAAAGGGAGUCUUCCUCUGCUAC